AGACAUUUCGCUGAAAAUUGUACUAAUAUACUGUACUAUGGCAGUUAGGUCCAGAACUGUGCUUGAACGAGUGUUUCCCAUUUAUUCAGGGAUACUAAAUACAUCAAAGCCGUUCAAAUUUAUCUGCCAAAGGAACUUAAGUCAAGCUCAAGCCACCGACGCAAAGAAAUUACGGGCAAUGGUAAAUGUGUUUGUACUCUUAUGUCGCUGUUUCAGCUGAUCAUCAAGUUAUUUUAGCUCAAUUAUUAAGCUUUUGGUUUCUAAGACAGAUGAGUAUUACAGAUUGGAAUUUAAAAAAAAAAAAAAGAUUUAUAAUUAAAAAUAAUUAUUUAAAAAUGAGGUAAAACUCUGAAAGCCUUCAACAUGUUCGAUCAAUCUAUUAAAUAACAGGACGUUACAAAUCAAUAUUUUUGAUGCUCGAUUAAAAUCGAUAGUAAUCGAUCGAAAUCGAUUAUGAUUUAUCGAUUGAUAUCGAAAAUCGAUGGAAAUCGAUCGGUCGAGUUUUGUCAUUAUCAAUGUUAUCGAUUUCUGUAUUUAAACGAUUGAUUUUAUCGAUUUUGAUUGAAAAAUAUAUAAAACAUAAAAAACAUAACCACUCAAUAAGUCAACAUACGUACCGCUAGCUAGUUCAGCUGCGAAUGGAAAAAAAAAAGAGUGACUGUAGGCAAAUUUAUGAUUAUCGAUUUUUAUCGAUUAUUAUAACCAAUCAAUCAACAAAUGUAGAGUAUUAUCGAGUACGAGUACUAUCGAUUAAUCAAUUAUGUUUUCGAUGAUCGAUUUCGAUCGAUUUGUAACGUGCUGUAAAUAAUAACGUAGGGGCCCAGCUUGCCCAGGAUACUCCAUACAAACUGUAGAUCUGCCACUGCUGUUCACUGACUGUCAUGAUAAUUCACAUCAAAGAUCAGGAUGUAAUAAAUUCAUGAGCAAGUCACAAAACAACAACUUAAAUGCAAUGGCUGUCUUGAAAAUAAAAUCCAGAAAUAUUCCUAGUGCAUACUUUAAAGGCUGCUUACCUUAGCAAAUAAUUAUCAUUACAAGUAUACCUCUAAUUGUUACCCAUCCUUAAACUUCUGCCAGUUUUUAUGGUAGUUUGUUGCUAUUAAUUUUAUUAGCAAUCUUCUUGAUAAAGGUCUGUUGGAUUUCUCAGCAUUAAUGAAAGGUACACUGUAAGUGGUCAAGUGGCGUGGAGCUAUGUCACCUGAUACCAGGGUUAAGUUGCCCAAAAUGCUGAUUGGACAUGUCGCCUGAAUUUUUUCGGGUGAUAGUGCACAGAGAAACAAAGUUAUUUUUUGUUGAAUAAAGAGUGUCAGUAUCUUGUUCUUUAAACCACAAGGAGACAAAACAAGGGGAAUGAAUGUGUAACAUACGUUAUUCAUUAAGGGAUGAUGAGACGGAACAAGCAGUAUAAAUGUGUAAUAUAUCUCACACUUGAACCAUUGAUGAGCAAUGAAACAAGGGUCAGAUCAGUGAGUACGGUAUCACAUUCUUUAAUCUUCGAUGGUACAGAACAAGUGCAAUAAGUGUAAUAAGGAUGCAAGGAUGUUUUUCAGUAAGAGGAAAUUUCGAGCCACAUAUUCAGCAUUUCAGGUGACUGGACUAAAAAUUUUGGGUGACAUAACUCUGAUUUCAGAUGACAUAACUUCAGGCGAGAUGACUUUUGGGCAACUUGACCAUAAACCUAAUGAAAUAUUGUGUCACCGAGUUUUUCUCUGUUUUUUUCUGCAGGUUGUUGGUUUAGGUAACUACACCCUGCCUAAUACAAGGCACAGUGUAGGGAUGCUUGUAGUUGACUGUCUAAGCCAACAGCUGGGCGCAUCUUGGCAAUUUAACAGAAGAUCACUGGGUCAUGUGGCUGUAACAAAAGUGAAUAAUCAUCAGUUAAUAAUGUUGAAACCUACUCUGGCAAUGAAUGUAAAUGGCAAAAGCAUUUCAAGGACCGGUGUGUACUUACCAAUAAUAAUGAUAUUAUAAUAAUAAUACUGUGAAAGAUUUGUACCCAGCAGUCAUUUUGUAGGUGAAACAUGAUUGUCCGGGUGAAGGUAGUCCUGAAUAGGAGUGUUGUUGCCUGUUGACAGUGACUAACGUUUUGACAACCAGUGCUGUAGUCAUCUUCAGAGUCAUAGUGAAUUGUCUCACGUCCGUUGAUGGUAUUAAACUCUGGUUAUUGACCUGAUUGGUCAAUUAAGUCACGAUGUUAUUGGUCGUUUGUCAAUUAAGCCAUGAAGAGCAUUAAUUUGGCUAUGAAGACUGGUUAUCUUAUUGGUUCGUUUUGUUAGCCGAUUGUCACAGUUACACAGUCGUUUAUUGUUAUUCAAAUUGUCAGUUGUCAUGUUGUUCUCUUGUAGUUGGUUUUGCUUGGUUCUGUCAAUAAGUUGUUUCUACAGUGCUGGUAACAAUUGACUACAAUUCAGUGGCAUUUGUUCUAAGGUAGUAAACCAGCUUUCUAAACUGAGUCAUUGAUAGUAAUCUGUAGAAUACGUUAAACAUGUUGCGGAGACCAGUCGAUUUGGUGUUUUGUCUGUAAUAAUUAUAACAGUGUGUAUAUAUAUUAUUUUUUCCAGCUGCAAUGUUUAAUGUGAAUCCCUGCAAUGUCAUUCUUGUGCAUGAUGACCUUGAUAAGCCUGUUGGGAGAUUCAGUUUAAAACAUGGAGGUAGUGCAGGGUAAGUACAUUACAUGUAGUAUAUUACAGCCUGCAGACUAUUCAUUUUUAAGUACAUUGGAACCCAGCCUGCAUUAUAGACACCUGUAUAUGCUGUAAUGAACAGCUUUUUGUCCCAAGUGUCAACCCUGCUUUACAGACACUGCUUAUCUGCGCGCUGUCUAUGAUUGAAUAUCUUACCAUCGAAAACCCAACAGAAACAGCAAAAUAAUGUCCUUUCAAGGGUUCCGUCAUGUUUUGUCUAAUGUUCAGUCCACUUGGUUGAGUCAAAAACUAAAAGCCUCGGUACAAAGUAAGUUACAGAUUCCAUUGUUGUACUUCAAGAACCAUUCUUGAAAGGAAGCUUUAUUCUAGACUAGGCUGGGGUGGCUGAUAGUGAAGUUUCUUUAGGAUGGACUUGUUACAGCCUGUGCUAAGAAAUUACAUGUAGCGUUUUCUGUUAAAAAAAAUGUCUCUUUCAGUCCCCUGAUCAAUAAAGUAUAUGCCCCCAGCUUGCUAAGAAAGUCAUGUCCGAUAGCCCGUGGCAAGUGGAUUUUGGUAGUGGGCUAGUGGUUUUUGUUCUUCUUGUGUGAUGGGCAAGUGCUGUUUUAUGGGAAAUUCAAAUUACAGAAGGAUAACAAUCCUUCUAAUGAAAAAGGGUUUUGGUGCUAGUUGAACUGACUUGUGGGCUUGUACAUGCUAGCUACAGCUUGCCUGAAUGGCAGGCUGUAAAACUGACUUUCUUUGCACCCUGUGCCCCUGAUGUUUUUAUUUUUUUCUGAGAGCCUGCUGUUUAAUACAGAGACUUGGAUGACAUGGACAGGCAUUUCCCCUUGGUUGCAAUGUAUAAGUUAUUCAUAAGAUUGUAGUUGACUACCAGAACCACUUAAAUGCACAUAGUACUGUCAUAUGCAAGCUGUGUGUGCUAAAUUCAUAAAAAAAAAAAAGAAUUUCACCUUAAAAUAAAAUUACAUGUACCUUAAAAACUAGUGUGCAAAUUUAUCUUGGACAUGAAAAUAUUAAGAUUUUCGCUGACUGUCUUUAAUAGCCAUGUACUGUUCUGUAUGCUGAAUGAGGUCUCGUGAUUUUAUUAACCUAACUACACUUUACUACUAGACAGAGUUCCAUGAUGGUGAGAUGAUUCAUCAAAAUCAUUCGAACUUUUGAAUCUAUAGGCAGAAACUUAUUCAAAUGUAGCUAUUUCAGCAAAAUGAUUGUUUGCAUAGGUCAAACGAACUAUUAUUAUGAGCAGAGGGGUUUAUAUCUGGUUCCAGAAUAAAACAACUAUUGACACAACUGUACAACACAGUUCAAUGUACAUGUAACGGGGGAUGGUAAGUUGUGCUCUCUUGCAACCCUUCACAUUCAUAUUUACUCAAUGUGGAUGUCACCAAUUUUUUCAUAUUAUUUAUUUUUACACCUGCCAUGUGAAAUAGAAACUGUCCUGUACCUUACAUGUAAUGUCCAAUAGUUCAAAUUUUUUACCAUAAAGUUUUCUUUUUUUCAGAGGACACAAUGGUGUUAGAUCAGCAAUUGCGUCACUGGGAUGUGAUGUAAGAUAUAUUGAUAAUAAUGUUAUUGUUAUGGUGGGCGUCAAGCGGAGCCCACAGACUAAUCUUGGUCAGCAGCACUUAAUUAACUUUUAGUGUGGUUUUUCUAAAAUCUGUCCACAUUCUUGGGAUGCCCAUGUUCUGUAUACUAAUAUGUGUGGUAUGUGGCCGUGAAAGGCCCUGGUGCAGAAUCUAAGGUCCAGUUAAUGUCACAGUAAUCACGUGAAUUCAAAAGCAAGUGACGCAAUAAUAUUAAUUUGAUUCCACAAAAAUGCACGUAUUAAAUUCAGGUAUACCCGUUAUGUACUAAAUGCAAGACUCCUCUAUUCAUCUUGCCGGCCGGAAACCUGUACCAAGGGAAAUAAAUUAGAGCUUGAUCACAGCUUAGUGCAGGACGAGUCUUCGUUGAGAUACUAAGAAUUCAAGUAGUCAUUCACGCGUUACUGUUUUCAUUAUACCUGCGAAUACAGCUGUCUCUCCUCGCUUUUCAUCGUUGGCAGGAUAAUUGUAUCUAAGCCACUGUAAAAUUAAAUCGUUGACGUCAAUAUUAGUCUUGUUUAAUGUGUUGUUCAAUUCACUGUCCAUGUUCAUGAUCUGCUGUGAUUCCUUUUGUUGACACCGGAACUUAAAGGGCUUUGUCAGAUUCAUGUACAAAAUUGUGAAAGCGGUUCUCAACAUCAACCGCACCUUUAAGGUAAACGUACAUGUUUGCCCGCACUUCCUAACCUUUUGGUUACUGCUAGUAUAACUAUUAUUUUUAUGUUGAUUUAAGACACAUACAUGAUGGUGAUAAAUGAUUUUUUUUAUUUACUUAUUACUUAUAAUUUGCUUGUUUAUUUUCAGACCCCAAAAAGGCUGCGAGUAGGAAUAGGAAGACCUAAUAACAGACAUCAUGUGACAGCAUAUGUCCUGAGCAGUUUUGAACCAUCAGAGUUCCCAGUUAUACAGGACACAGUUGAACAGUGCUGCAAGGUCCUCAUGAAUGAGCUCCUAUCAUUAAUGAGCCAAAGCAGUGACCGUCAAGAUAUAGGGCCUCCCAUUAAAGACACUGUUCAGUAUCAACUACAACUAUGAAUAAACCACAACAAAUGGAAAAAAAAGUUUUAAUUUAUUUCAGAAGUUCUGGAGUUUGCCUGCUUACAGAGAUGAUAAUUUUUGGAAUAAUAUUGUAAAUAUUGUUUAAAAGGAUGCUAAAUUUUGUUCAAUUUUAUGUUAAACACAAGGAUUGAGCCUACAAUUCAUUUUCAGCCUCAUUUUUUUCCUCGUAUACCAUGGUGACCGAGGAUGGGAAGUUAACAAGCACUAUUCAAGCAAAUCAUACCCCACUGUGAUACAAGAGGGGAAGGGGAGAAGUGCAUUCAAACAUAUAAUCAUGUAAACUUUUCAUUACCAGUUCUUGUGGCCCAGAUCAUAAAAAGAAGUUAGUAGUGUUUACAAUAAUUAUAAUAAAUGGUUUCAUCCAACUUCCAGGAGCUCUCUCCUCCACAGAGGCCUCUUUGUGUCAUAGGGGAGGGAGGCUGGGGAGAAAGAAAAAGAAAUAGCGCGGUUAGACUGCAAAACAGUCGGUUUUUUUCUCCAAAAUCAGUAAAGGAAUCGGUAAAGCGUGGCGUAAGAGUCUAACGCGCGCGAAGCGCGCGAGCCUCACACGCCUUCUUUGACUGCUCACGCUAACCUGAAAUCAGGCCCAGUUUUAGCGGUUCUCAUACAUUACGUUUCGCCUUGCCCGCCGGAAUGUUAUUACAAAGCGAAACGAAAAUUGAGCCUGACCUCAGGUUAGCGCACGCGUACAUACGGACUGUUUUGCAGUCUAGCGAGCGGUUAGUCUUACUAUUUUUGUUGGGAUGCCCUGCGCGAGCCUUUGCGAAGGAGAGAGUUUCAGGGGUCAAAUAACGCCUGGGGUCUCCACUCCCAGAAUCUUAGAAUCUUAAGCAGCCCGUGAGACAGGCGUUUCAUGGGGAAGGGAGAAGGGGGAUAUAGAUUGCGCGAAAGCUAGUUAAAUGUGUAGGAUAUUAAGAACGGAU